UGUAGGAUUCAAUGCUUUGACGGACGAGCCGCGGCAGGUGAGUCAAAAUCGCAGAGAGAAAAACAAGGAGGUACAAGUGGUUUGAAAGAAUCCUAAAGCUCAUCUAGCAGGCUCCAGGCCUCUCUCAUCACAAUGGUCAAAGAGGCUGACUCUGUGGAUCCCAGCCACGCUCUGUUUGAGCGCUUUGUCCAGGCGCAGACGUGUAAAGAGACACAGCAGAACUUCACUGAACUCUGCCGCCACCUGGAGCUCGAGCCCAGGGACUACAAGCACUUCUACAGCAAGCUGAAGGACAGACUCAACUACUGGAAAGCCAAAGACCUCUGGCAGAAGAUCGACAAGAGAGGCACCCAUCCGGACUAUGAACAGGGCAAAGCAUGUCAACAAAACAAGUGUUUAGUGUUGGGUGCGGGUCCAUGUGGUCUCAGGACAGCCAUCGAAUUGGCUCUACUAGGUGCUCAGGUAGUUGUUCUGGAAAAAAGAUCGUCCUUCACAAGGAAUAACGUCCUGCAUCUGUGGCUUUACACCAUUCGAGACCUUCUCAACCUCGGUGCGAAGAAAUUCUAUGGCAGAUUCUGCAGCGGAUCCAUUCAUCACAUAAGUAUCCGUCAGCUGCAGUUGAUUCUGUUGAAACUUGCCCUGAUUUUGGGGGUUGAGGUGCACACAGGCGUGACCUUUGAAGGUCUGCAGGAACCAUCAGGAUCCACAGGAUGGAGGGCACAGGUUUCUCCCGCGUCCCAUGCAGCUGCUGCCUUUGAGUUUGAUGUUUUUAUUUCAGCUGGAGGGGGAAGAUAUGUGCCGGAUGGUUUUAAGAUAAAGGAGCUCAGGGGAAAGUUAGCCAUCGGUAUCACUGCAAACUUCGUGAACCGGCACACAAAACAAGAAGCUCAGGUGCAGGAGAUCAGCGGCGUCGCCCGAAUAUACAACCAGCAAUUCUUCCAGGCGCUCCAGUCUGAGAUCGGCGUUGAUCUUGAGAACAUUGUCUACUACAAAGAUGAUACUCACUAUUUUGUGAUGACUGCAAAAAAGGGAAGCUUGUUAAAAAAAGGAGUGAUAAAGCAGGACUUUUCUGAUGUCGAUCAGCUUCUCGCUCCUGCAAACAUCAACCAGGACGCCCUGCAGAAGUACGCAUACGAGGCCGCUGACUUCUCCACACAUCACAUGCUGCCGGACCUGGAGUUCGUGAAGAACCAAGCGGGCCAUCCGGACGUGGCCGUGUUUGACUUCACCUGCAUGCACAGGGCAGAGAACGCCUCUCUGGUGAAGGAGAGGAAAGGGAAGAGACUGCUCAUCGCGCUGGUGGGAGACUCUCUAGUGGAGCCGUUUUGGCCUCUGGGUACCGGCAUUGCUCGUGGUUUCCUUGCUGCGUUUGACACGGCGUGGAUGGUCAGGAGUUGGGGAAAAGGUGUGCCACCCCUGGAGGUUUUGGCGGAGAGGGAGAGUGUGUAUCAGUUACUCUCUCAAACGACUCCAGAAAACACCAGCAAGAACUACGCCGCCUACAGCAUCGAUCCAUCCACACGUUACCCUAAUGUCAACCUGGCCUCUAUCAAACCCAUGCAGAUCAAGCGUCUAUAUGAAAUAGAGGACGGUAAAGUCAACACACCGACGAAAUCCAUCAUGAAAACUAAAACUAAAAAAGACUCUAUCAGGCGUCUGGAGGAUCUGCUGUCCUGGUGUCAGAAGAACACAGCGGGGUACAAACAUGUGAAGGUGAAAGACCUGAGCGAGUCCUGGAGGUCCGGGAUGGCUCUCUGCGCUCUGAUCCACAACUUCAGACCCGAACUCAUUGACAUGUCUCGUCUAGAUGUAUAUAGCAUCACCGCGAACAAUAAGUUGGCCUUUGACCUGAUGGAGAAAGAGUUUGGGAUCCCUCCGGUCAUGGGUGCCAGGGAAAUGACCACCUGUGGGAAAAUCGACCAGCUGUCUAUGGUGGUCUACCUCACACAGAUACGCAGCGCUCUCACAGAGAAACACACACCAGCAGAGCGCUCCAACAAGAGCCUCUCGCUGUCCAGAACCUGCUCGUCCAUCCUGUUCCUCAACAAGCUCAAGCACAACUCUCUCCAAAGACACAAGGACCGACUGGAAUCAGAGAAAAGACCAAGACAGCAAAAGAUGAAGGAGAAAGAGGAGGAGAAGAAUGCGAAAGAGGAAAAAGCUGCUGCGCCUGUGGUGCCCAUGGCCUCAUCAGAGGCGGCCAGCAGUGAGCUCUGUUAUUUCUGUAACAAGCAUCUGUACGUGCUGGAGAAAGGAAGCGCUGAGGGCAAGUUCUUCCAUCGCAGUUGCUUCAAUUGUUAUCAGUGCGGCUCCACUCUACGGCAGGGCGGGUACACUUUCCACUCUGACACGGGGAGAUUCUACUGUGAGCUGCACUCAGCAGCCGAGGAAGAGGAGGGUGAUGAAGGUCACAGAGGCUCACAGAAUCAAAUCAAAAAUGGCCUUACUGAGGAGGGGGAUAAGGAGAAAGAUGGUGAAACCGUGAGGAUUUCAUCCCCACCUCCACACGUCUCUGUUAGACGGAAGGGCUCGUACAAGAUCUCUGUUGACCCUGACUUUGAAGAAUCGACUGAGUGUCUCACUCCCACAGAGCAAGAAGACCAACAGCCAUCCAGUUCUCCUGAAGCGAACAAACCCCCAGAGCUCAACCCAGAGAGCACAGGCAUCGAGAACCAACAAAAUAACAGCAGUCCGUCCCUUCCAGUGCCGGCCCCUCGACCGUCCAGAGCUCCGCUUCCAAAACCUCGCACUGUCCAUAACGUGGUGCCUCAACUUUCAAAUACCCCCGAGGAACCAGAGAAGAACCAACAGGAAACUCCAGAAUCCAGAUCCAAACCUUCACUGCGAAAACUUCAGCUGAGUCAAGAGGAGAAGUCCGACCUGCUCAGCCAGGAUUCAGACUCUGAGACUCCGGCCUCGUCUUCUGCCGCCUCCACCUCCUCUUCCUCCAAACAGCAGGAAGGAGGCGAGGAGGAGGGCUACUGGAGCGGAGGCACCGCGACCGGGAUGAGCUUGCGCAACCAACGCAACCAGCGCUGCAUGAGAAGGAAGAGCGAACCGCAACCUUCCGCACACUCACAACACGGAAAGCUGCGCUCCAAGUUUUCCCCAUGGAAUCUGUCUUCACCUCGACUGCAUCAGCGCUUCAGCGUCCUCAAAGUCGCACCAUCAGGACAAGCUCAAACAGAUCAUUUUGUAUCAGAAUAUGAUAAUGAAGAAUGUGUUGACGAUGAGGAAGAGGAGGAUGAAGAGGAUCUUCAAGGAGAAGACCAUUAUGUAGAUUGCCGGGGGGCUGAUUUUGAGAUUUCUGAGUCAGAGAAACGCGACCUAAAGAAGAUGAAAACUCUGGAGCGGAAAGCAAGGAUGAGCGAAAUCCAGCGCUUCCACAAAGCUCAGACGAUUCAGAGGCGGCUGGAUGAGAUAGAAGUGACCUUUAAAGAGCUGGAGGAGAAAGGAGUGGAGCUGGAGAGAGCUUUGAGAGGAGAGGCUGGUUCAGACCCUGAAACGAUUGAUCAGUGGAUAGAGCUGGUCCAGGAGAAGAACAAUCUGCUCUCAGAGGAGUCCGAUCUCAUGGUGGCGUCUCGACAGCUGGAGCUGGAAGACAAACAGAGCAUGUUAGAGAUGGAGCUACGGAAAUACAUGGAAAUGGAUGACUCAGAGAAAACCCCCGAGCAGCGAGAACAUGAGAACCGGGUCCUGCAGGAGAUGCUGGACGUGGUGGACAUGAGGGAUUCACUGGUGGCCUUCCUGGAGGAGAAGAGGCUGAAGGAAGUCAAUGAUGAACUGCUGGGGAGCUCCGUGCUGGAGGCCAAGAGACAUUCAAUCGCAGCAUCCCAGGUGCACUGGGACUGAGACACGCUUUCUGAAUGCCACAACACCUUAACAGAGUAGUUCCCCAUAAAGCUCAUCAUUUACCCAUCCCCCAUGCCUUUACAAACCUUUUUCAUCUUUUGUGGAAAACAAUAUGUUCUCUUUUCCAUACAAUAAAAUAAAAGCAGCAAGCAGGACAAAAAGCACCAUUAAAUCAUGAUAAAAGUACAAAAAAGCCACAUGAUUUAAGUUUUAUUAGGCUUAGCUUUGUUUCGUUUUAAUAAUGCCAAAAAAUCAGUGCUUCUCAUUACCAGUUUUGCAGUGCUUACAAUUUUCAGUGAACCAUGACUUUGUGUCAUUUUACAUUUAUGCAUUUAACAGACACUUUUAUCCAAAAUGACUUACAGUGCAUAGGAAAUAGAAAGAAAGUCCAAAUGCACUCGGUGAAAGAAAGAAAGACAGUCAUACAGGUCUGCAUUGACAAGAGGGUGAAUAAAUGAUGACACAAUAUUUAUUUCUGGGUGAACUGUCUCUUUAAAGACUCCUUCUAUCACACAAGAUAAACGAACCCAAUGACUUGCAGGCACAGAUGCAUAUUGUACAUUUCUGCUCUUGAAAACCAAAGUUAAACGCAUCUGCGCGCACAGAUUUAUGACACUGGAGAUUUGGAAACUACGGUCUCGCUCCAACAUAAAUGUUCAUUUAAAUGGAUACAGAAACUCUGGAGACUGUAGAAAGUGUUGUGGAGCUGUACAUCCAUCCCUGCCUUCACUGACCGGACACGGCUUUCAAACUCACAGACUCUCACGCUCAAACACACGGACUUCACUGAGACCGAUGUUUGUGUACUAGACACGCAUCUCGCACUUUUAUAAGAGUCUAUCAAGGUCAUGUAUGUUCUAGAUAUCAGAAUUAUUCAAGCGUAUUUCUGACACACAGUUAAAAAAUUUCAAAAGCUGAUUGUACGUUUUUUUUUCUCUCAUAAUUCUGACUUUUGCAAGUGCAAGAUAAAAAUUCUGAAUUGCUAGAUAUAUAAAUCUGAAUUGUAAGAUGUAGUUGGGGGAAAAAACAAACACAAAUGUUUUUUGUUGUUGUUUAUUUAGAUUCAAACUCAGAAUUCUGAGAAAAAAAAACAAAAGUCCGGCUUGGAAAUGUAAAUGUGACUUUAUCUCACAAUUCUGAACAUUUUGUUGUGAAAUGUAAACUCACAAUUAAACUUGUGAAAUGUAGUCAGAAUUAUAAUUAAAAAAAAGUCGGAAUUAUUUGGAGGGAAAAAAAUUGCUACUUUUUUUUCCUCAGAAUUCUAAUUAAAUUUUAAAUUCUAAUUAAAAUCGAACACAUAAUUCAAUUUGUAAAAUGUAAAUUCAGAAUUGCAAGUUAAACUUUUUUAGUUGCGAGAUAUAAACUUGUAGUUGCGAGUAAGAGUCAGACUUGCGAGAUAAAACGUUGCGAUAACCUUUAUUUUUUAUUCUGUGGCAGAAACAAGCUUCCGUACAAAACGUCCUCAUUCAAAAGAUAUUAUAUAAAGGUAUUUACAUAUUUAUGAUGUCGUAUUUGGCAGAAGUGGUGUAGCCUGAUGCCAGUAUCAUGUCUUAAACAGCACUUGCAUUGUAUAAUUAUUGACUAUAUUACAGCUUUGCAGCAAGAGAUUCAGUAUCACAGAGAGCUUUUGUGCACUGUGCAAUUAUGUAUUUAUUUUUUUCUUGUUAGUGAUUGUACUUUGUCUGAAAUCCACACAUUAUUAUUAUUAUUAUUAUUCAUGGUUUUGAUAUUUUCUGCAUGAUCAUGGUUGCGACUCUCAGGGGUACAUCUGCCUGGACCGGUUUCCAUUUAUAUAUUUCUCAUUUGCGCAUCAUUAUUUAGAAGUGUUUGUACAGUGUCGUUCAUGAAUUCAUUUGGGGAGACACGAAGAACUUUACUUUGCUGUAUGAAAUUCCCACAGAAAAUGAUGGCUUGCUAUUUGUAUGUGUUGAUAAAGUGAUUAUCAUUUUUGAGCACUGAGAGUAAUUAGUGUCAGAGAGGAGUUUUGUGCUCGUGUUUUGGGAACAGUGGUGUUAUAUUUGCUGUUUGCUUUUGCUCCCUGAUUGUAUUUUUUUUCUUUAAAUAUGUUCACACACACACACACACACGUUACAUACACAGCAGAGGUUUCUUUUCUAUUGGGACAGUAAUUCACUCAAUAUGUUAAUAAAAUAUCUAGCACUUUGUUA